UUUUUCAGUGGCGCCGCGUAACCCCGUCGGCGUACGCGACAAAUCUCGACUUUCAAAGAGUAUCCAAAAUCUGGUUGAAAACGCAAAAAUUUCAGUAUCCGCGAUGAAGAGUGUUGAACAAGUGAACGAAAAAUCUCAUUGAGCGAAGAUCGAGUGAGGAGAGUUUGGAGGUUUUAUGGGAAGAGAAAAAUAACGAGGAAAAAAUCAGCGAGGUUUGUCUGCGAGGGUGAAUAACGAUCGCCAGGGGUAGAACGACGGAGAACGUGUGUGUGUGUGUGUGUGUGCGUGUGUGUGUGUGGGGGUGUGUAUGAGAGCGAGAGUGUGCGUGUGUUGUGUUGGGUGCAACGCGGCAUAGACAGAGGAAGAACAGACGUCAAACUCCGGGACUUGACCAAUCGCUCCUGCUCGGAUAAAAAGUUUGAGUUUCUCAAUCAUCGUAUCGAUUGCAACUUUGGAAAAAUAAGAUUUUGAAAAAAGAAAAUAUAAAAUACUGGAACUUUGGUGCGGCGUGAGAGAAGAAUAAAAAUCAGCACUCCGGCUGCUGGACCAUUUUAUCUGAGCUAUCGAUAAACGAUGAGGAGAGGAUUAGGGAGAUCGGCGUCAAGGCCAUCCUCGUUGCAGCGUGUUAUCCUCUAUUCCGGAAGCACGGAGACGUCCUCGAGGACGAGGACGAACGAGGACGAGAGUGAGAAAAAAAAGACGCGGAGGCCACGAGAGACAUCGGAGGCCUCUUCCAUCGCCUCCACCGAUCACUGAUUCUCCAAAACUAUUUUUAUUUCCUCGUUUCACCGUCCCAUUCCCUCCUCUCACAACUGCCUUCGGCUUUUAUUAAUUAUUUUUACUUUCGGAGGCUGAUUUACGGGGAACGAAAAAAUCGACUGGGUGAUUCGCCCCAGUGAUUCCAAAUCAAAACAAAGAUUGGAGGGAAGCACUUUUGCAUCGCAGCACACAUUCGACUUUUAUUUUCACACUCGUUGCGCAAUUGAACAGAUCCACUAGUUACAUUGAAAGCUCUCAUUUUCAAUGAAAAUUUCAUUGAAGUUACAGUUGUGAUUAAGUGCCAUUUCGAUUGAAGCUGCAAUGACAUCGAGUCAUUGGAAACGUCGCCGGAGCCUUCGAUAAAUCAAUUAUCCAAUCGUUGUUUCUACAAGUUAUUAGAUAAACGAAUGAACGAUAUUUUUAAAAAAAUUUCACCAUGGCAUUUCGCGCAACGAACGUAACCGUUCCGUUUUUUUUGUUGUUCGUGUGCACAACAAUGUGCCCACGAUGUUGGGCACGUUCUUACAAUGAUCAGCGUCGAUCGCCUCCAGUUUCACCAGGUAUCGAUAACAACCCGAUGCACGGACCGAGCUCCGACGAUCAAGAUUUACCUGGAGAUCUUCGACAACCUUAUCCUGGAAAAAGUUUCGGACCGAUGGGUCCCGUAGUCGGCCAAUUCCCCGAUGACGUCGCCCUCCGGAAUCUCGCCAACGGGAAUACCGAAGAUCACGGUAACGAUCCUCACGCACCUGCAAAACCCCUCAGAGAGUAUCAGGUUUUUCACGUCGAAUUUCAUCGCGUCGAGACGCCCUUCGUCAUUGGGAUAUGGAUUUUUUUCGCGAGUAUCGCUAAAAUCGGCUUUCACAUGGCACCAAGAUUGAGUAAAAUUUUUCCGGAAUCCUGUUUGCUUAUCGUCGUUGGAGUCGUCAUCGGUGUGUUGUUGUUUCAAGCAAGCGAAGUGCACGUAUCUCCGCUCACCCCGGACACAUUCUUCCUGUACAUGCUUCCGCCAAUAAUUCUGGACGCUGGUUACUUCAUGCCAAACCGACUAUUUUUCGAUCACCUUGGGACGAUUCUACUGUUCGCAGUUGUUGGAACUAUAUUUAAUACACUUUCGAUAGGUGCAUCUCUUUGGCUUUUGGCCAAAAGUGGUCUCUUCGGAUUCUCGGACGAGACUGCUGCACCGCUUUUGGACAUGUUUCUCUUCUCGGCGUUGAUAAGCGCGGUGGAUCCGGUCGCCGUGUUGGCCGUUUUCGAGGAAAUCCACGUCAAUGAGAUUUUGUACAUCGUCGUUUUUGGCGAGAGCCUUCUCAACGAUGCAGUUACUGUUGUGCUGUACAACAUGUUUGAGACUUACAGCGAAAUGGGGCCUCUCAGAAUAACGUAUACCGAAAUUUUAUCGGGUCUCGCCUCGUUCCUCGUUGUCGCAAUCGGUGGUGUGAUAAUCGGGGUUCUUUGGGGCUUCGCAACGGGUUUCGUAACGAGAUUUACAAACGAGGUUCGCGUUAUAGAACCCAUCUUCAUAUUCGUCAUGGCGUACCUCGCUUAUCUCAACGCCGAAAUAUUCCACAUGUCCGGUAUACUCGCGAUUACAUUCUGCGGCAUUACGAUGAAGAAUUAUGUCGAAGCGAAUAUAUCUCACAAAUCUCACACGACUGUGAAGUACACGAUGAAAAUGUUAUCCAGCAGUUCCGAGACGAUUAUAUUCAUGUUUCUCGGGGUCGCUACGGUCAACAAUCGUCACGAUUGGAACACGUGGUUCGUCUUGAUGACCAUCGUUUGUUGCUCUGUUUAUCGGAUUCUCGGGGUAAUGGUGCUUGCUGCUCUUGCAAAUCGAUUUCGUCUCCACAAGCUCAACAGGGUGGAAAAAUUCGUAAUGUCGUACGGCGGUUUACGAGGGGCUGUAGCAUUUGCGUUGGUCCUGUUGAUCGAUCCAAAACACGUGCCUCUUCAGCCAAUGUUCGUCACGACAACCAUAGCCGUUAUAUAUUUUACAGUGUUUAUUCAGGGUAUUACCAUAAAACCCCUGGUAAAAAUUCUCAACGUCAAGAGAGCCGAGAAAAGAAAACCAACGAUGAAUGAACGAAUUCACGAAAGGAUAAUGGAUCACAUCAUGGCUGGAGUUGAAGACAUUCUGGGAAAACAUGGCAAUUAUCACGUCAGGGAUAAAUUCAAGAGGUUCGACAACAAGUUCAUUCGUCCCUAUCUCGUGAGAAAUCACUGCGGUGCUGAGCCGAAGAUCCUCGAGACAUAUUCGAAACUGGCUAUGAAGGAUGCCCUCGACUACAUAAGAAGAAACGCCUCGACAAUCGGUAACAUCAGUGGCACCGAGAGUAUGUCCGCGAUAUUCCGCAAUUACAGCAACACCGGUCAAUUCAAUUCCAGUCCGAGCUGUAGUCAAUUAGAACCGGGUUGGAAUAUCGAUCUCCAAGAAUUGGAGUAUUAUCCUUCGAGGAAAGAUCUUACGGAUGCUAAAAUUCAUCAUCUCCUCGCUGAAGAGUUGUGCAAGCCUUACAAGCGGACUUAUGCUUUGCAGCACCGUCGUCUCAGCUACAGUCGUCAUGCAGUCAAUGAUCGCGAUCUAUCGACUCAGGUCAAUUACAAGAUGCACAUGAAUAUUCGCCGAAUGAUGGGAGAGCACAAACAUCGUCACAAGCGCAGCAAAAAGUUGCUCAAGGAUGGCAGCAAGCAGAAUCACGUCAGCUUUCCUGAGUUGCAGCAACAAAACGGUUCAACGAAACUCUUUUCCCAAGACUACAUGAACGGUGUACUUUACGAGACUGAGAAUGACGACGACAAUUCAAAACCGUCGAGCAAGGAGGAUUGGGACUCUGCCAUAACUUUUACAGCACGAGCGUCUGAAGCGAAUUUAGGAGGCGAAGGUUCCCAUACGGAUAAUGGAAACGACGGUGAAGACUACGACGAUGAUUUAGAUAGUGACGGAGGCACUGGACGGAAGUACAAAGGAGAAGAAGGCGACGGCUUCAGGGUGACCACUCCGACCGCAACAGAAACAGUUUUACCCUGGAAACGAGAGGAUGACUAUGACACAGCCAGACCGGUAAAACAAAAUGAAUUUCCAGCCUGGUGCUCGAACAAAGAGUACCUCGCGUACAGCUCGCCAUCAGCCACGUUUUUGGGUGGCAUUGAACAACCCAAAUUCCAAUCGGUCAUCGGUCUCUUUCGAAGAGAGAGCAUAGCCACCCCCGAAAUACCGGAUACACUCGAAGAUCCGGAUGAGAGUGACGAAUACACGGCCAUGAGGCCUGACAGUAUGGUCUCACCAGCUAGGAAAUUAGAGAGUCCCAGAACGUCGAGACGACGAGGCUCGAUGAUGGAGCUCGGCAGCGCGGUCGAUAAAUCAUCAAAGGACAAGACGAACGGAUCGCAUUCGUUACCGGAGUGUUGGAACAACCAGAGGUUACGACGUCAAACGAAUUUCCCUGGUACGGCUCGAGCAGCGAGUUUAUCGGCAGCCCUGAUAACAUCGUCUUCGGAAUCGUCGGAGGAUUACGAGGAGGAUUGACCGUGGGGCGAGGAGAGAGUGUGCUAUUCGCGGGAGCCUCUUGGUCGUAAUUCUCAGAUACGAGAACGUGGAAGUGACCUUCGCUCGAUCAUCACGGGCCUAUGCCGGCGUCCAAGCGCACCGGUCUGAUUAAAUCAUCAUAUUUUUUCACCGCACACAAAAAAUAUCUCGCCAGGCGUUUAUUCCAAGUACGAGAAACAAAUUGCCGCCGAGGUCAUGUGUAUUUAUAAAGUAAAUCGUUGGAGAAACGAAUUUUACGUGCGAUCGGUAAAGUCAAGUGAAAUCGAGAGAUCGACUGGUAGGCGAUCCCUUCGAAUUUCUCUGCGUCAUUUCUUCUCGUAUAUGAAAGCAUAUCCAGACAUUGAUUUAGCAUAAAACUCGUGCGAAGCGAUAUUUUAAACUCUCGCUUGAUUCAUUGAUUCGCCCAGUUUUAUUGAAUAUUCGAAAAACCAUUGUUUUGUAAAUAUCCUCACCAAAUUGCGGGUUACGAGUCCCAAUUCCGGAGUGGCAAACCCGGUAACAGUGUCCCCAGAAGCGAUCCGUUUCUCCAAGAGGAAUGUGGAAUGUGCGUCUUCAUCCCUGUCGUCUCGACACAGUAACGCCCAAUCAAACCUGCCGAAAGUAUUUUUCUAGUCACUCUUUCUCUCUCUCUCGCUCUCUACUUUCGUCUUUUUCCAAAUAUUUCAACACUUCACGAAUUUAUUAAGAAAAGUAUUUUAAUACCAAAGCAAAGCCGCACUUUGAUCCCACCGAAAUGCCAAUUUUUCACUAAUUCACAGCCUUUUUCAACGAGAUUCUGCCAUUUCCGCCGGAAACCCCUUCGCUAAAGUCGUUCCAAGGCCUCUACCUAAGAUCUUCACUCGCGGAUAAACAAAUAUUUAAAAAAAAAACACGUAAUUCCACGUUCCUACGAAUUAUUUUAUAUGCAUAUAUGACUGAGGGAUCGAGUGAGUUCCUGGCAAAGGCGGUGUUGCAAAAAAAUACGCUUAUCAGUGAUUAUCCUCGUUUGAAUUGCCGGGAGAGAUCCGACGCCGUGUGAACGUUAUUAUUAUCAUUAAUUACUAUUAUUAUUAUUCUCAUAAUUAUUAUUAAAAUUGCAUUAGGAAUACAAUAUCGAGCCCUUGUUGGGGCCUCGAGUCGGAUGGCUGUUUCGAUACAGAUUCCUAUCUCAUUGGCCCAGUCUCGGACAGCUCCUUGUGCGUGGAAAAAAAUAGCUGUUUUACUCGGGCAGAGGUCACCGCGCUCGACGACUAUUGAAUUGUAAAUAUAGGAGGAAAAGAAUAAAAUUCAUUGACGAAAAGGAACGAGUUAUCGAAAUCCGAGAGUCUCGUGAGUCUCUUUGUAAAAUAGUAGCGUUAACGGACCGAGAAUUUGGAAGAAUUUGAAAGAGCCUUUUUCCUGGGGUGCUCCUACGAUCGCUGAUCUUUCGUGCUUUAUUGUGAAUAAAGCUCUGUAGAUGAAGAAUUAAACGAAAAGAGAGAAAAUAUUAGUCGAAAAAUGUGCGAGGGUUCGAUGAAAAUUGAAAGGUCCGAUUUGCGUGGGGUAAUUCCUACCGAAAAAAAAUCGUUGGCCAUCGCGUGUGAAUACUAGACAUAGAAGAAUUGAACAAAAAUAAAAUCAUUGAAAUAAAAAUUAAUUAAAGAUUUUGCGACGACGGUGCAAAGGUGCAACUUGAAACGAAGCUUUGUCGGAUCGUAACUCGAAGUUCCGAAAUAAAGUUUCCAGCUGUUCGCAUGUUCAAACGAAUAAGCUGAAACAAAAGUGCACGCUGACAACACAAAACGAAGAAAAAAAACUAAAAGAUUGAGGUUGAAAAGAAUAUGAGUGGAUAUCGCUAGAGAAUAACGAGCCCUAAGGCCGCUGUGACGCGGGUGCCUUUCGUCGAGUCAUAGUUUCGUAUGUUAAAUAAAAACAUUGACAAUUAGGUAAUUUACAAUUCGACGAGAAAAUAAUCGACAAAUAAAGAGAGAAAAGGGAGGGAGGAAAAAAGGGGAAAAACGUUCACUUUGGAUGCUUGCGUGAGGGGAGAAAAAAUUUGUAGGAAUUCGACGAUUAACUAAAUUCAUGAUUGAAUAAUCGUUAUACGAUAUUCAACCGACAAAAUGUAUAGUUGAAUAUUAUUUUAGGCAGCCACUGCAGUGGCUCAUUCAACUCGUAAUUUUCUGCAUAGUCGGUAGAAAAUAGUUUUUGGCCAGCGGAUAUCGUCGAAAUGAAGGAAAAGUGUAAAAAAUCGAAGGACACAAAAAAGAGGAAAGAAUUUACGAUAAAGCGAGUCGAAAUUUUACUGCGAUGCUUUUAUUUCGCUUGAAUUUUUCCGGCGGACUAGACAAGUCGAGUUAUGGGAUUUUUAAAUUUAAUCUCGUGUGCGGGGUAAUCGAGCCGGAGCGGUCGAGGUGGCAGAAUUCUCGACCGUUAAAUGAAUAGCUCCAUAAAAAAGAGAGCGAAUAAUGAAGUACGAUGAUGAAAAAGGAAUGAAAAAACAAAACCAUUGAAAAUAGACAAUGGGAAGACUAGACCACGCGCUAGAGUAGACUCUACGCUGUUGAUUUGUUAAAUAAAUGUUUAUUUCAUACUAA